AUGGUGACGAGGCGCUUGGACACGGUCGCUGACUCGACAGGACCGAGUUCGAACGACUUGCGGGAGCGACGCUGUACGAGGGACGAGCUUGCUGCUAAUGAGCUGCUGCUCGAAUGCGCUCGGAGAGGGACGAGGGACCAACGAGAGGCGGCUGUUGCCACCUGCGGGGGAGACUUCCUUUCUGUGAAUGACGCCAUCCCUUCUGCGGCCCGCGUCGGUCGUUUUUGCCACCGCGGCUGGAACGGGGCGGGCGUAGAAAGACGAGAAGAGCCAGUCGAGCGGCCAAUCGCGACACACGAUCGGUCUGGACUCAUUGGGCGUCUCUAUGGAUCGCGGAAAACCACCUGCUCGCCAUCGUGUCUGAUCGCCCCGUUGCCGCCUCAGACAACGACCAUGUCAGCAACGCCAACGACGACGACGACGAUGACGACGACACGCCACGCCCUCCCACGCUCGUUUCGCCGCCCGUUCUUCAACUUGCCUGGACGAGCGAGCCCAAUCAGGUGCUGUCGCUUCUUCUAUGGCCACACCUCAAGUCAAGUCGAGCUGCGGCUGGUGCUGGUGCUGCCAUUUCUGCUUGGAAAUAGUGCACGCCUGAUUGUCACAGACGAGAGUUACCACCCACUCGUCUCGCCUUUUGUUAGCAACACACACAUGUCGCCUUGUUCACGUGGGCAAUACGAAAAUGUGGGAACUGCUCGUGCCAGCGUGUUGCCUGAUAGUUGA